AUGGCGAGUGCAGUCAUGGCUUCCUGCAAGACCCCAUCGAGGAUCGUCCUAUCUCCCGUCGCCUCGGCGUCCAAGCAGCCGCAGCAGGUUUCACCCAACAGAUUUCAGCAGCUGAAGCUCGCCGUGCUCUCCCUCCAGCGCCAGCACGGAGGCAAGGCGGCCGCCGUGGCGGCGGGUCUGGUGGCGGCGUCUUGGGGGGCCUCCCCUCUCCCCGCCCUCGCCGCGGAGAUCGAGAAGGCGGCGCUGUUCGACUUCAAUCUGACCCUCCCCGCCAUUGCCUCCGAGUUCCUUCUGCUGAUGGUGGCUCUGGACAAGAUCUAUUUCACGCCUCUGGGUAAGUUCAUGGACGAGCGGGACGCCGCCAUCAGGGCGAAGCUGGGAGAUGUCAAGGACACCUCUUCGGAGGUGAAGCAGAUGGAGGAGCAAGCGGCGGCGGUGAUUAAGGCGGCGCGGGCGGAGAUAUCGGCGGCGCUGAACCAGAUGAAGAAGGAGACCACCGCGGAGCUGGAGGGGAAGCUGGCGGAGGGGAGGAAGCGGGUGGAGGCGGAGCUGGCGGAGGCCCUUGCCAACCUGGAGCGCCAGAAGGAGGACACCAUCAAAGCUCUCGAUUCCCAGAUCGCCGCCCUCAGCGACGAGAUCGUCAAGAAAGUCAUCCCCGCUCCGUGA